AUGGAGAUCUUUGUCACGCUGUUUGCAUACCCAAACCGGCCAACACCCGAACCAACACUCCAAGUCGGUACAGGGGCCCAAUAUCCCUAUCCAUAUUCAUAUCUGUCGGAUUAUGUAGAAAAUAAGAAAGAAAGAAAGAAAAAAAUACAGUGUGACCAUCUGCUGCGUAUGACGACAGUGCCACGCAGACAGAGACAAGAAUAUCGUGUCAAAUAUGGCGAUGAAAGUGCCCUUCUCGAUAUCUACUCUCCCUUGUACAGUUCCCUUCGCUGUGGGUCCCUCCAUCAUACAGCUGUCAUACUUAUUGGGCCAGGGGCAUCACAGCUUUAUAGGGCAGGGAAAUAUAAACAUUACAGACCAGGAACAUCACAGCAUCACAGACCAGGAAGAUCACAGACCAGGAACAUCACAGCAUCACAGACCAGGAACAUCACAGCAUCACAGACCAAGAAAAUCACAGCAUCACAGACCAGGUACAUCACAGCAUCACAGACCAGGAAGAUCACAGACCAGGAACAUCGCAGCAUCACAGACCAGGAACAUCACAGCAUCACAGACCAGGAACAUCGCAGCAUCACAGACCAGAAACAUAACAGACCAGGAACAUCACAGACCAGGAACAUCACAGACCAGGAACAUCACAGACCAGGAACAUCACAGACCAGGAACAUCACAGACCAGGAAGAUCACAGACCAGGAAGAUCACAGACCAGGUACAUCACAGACCAGGAACAUCACAGACCAGGAACAUCACAGACCAGGAACAUCACAGACCAGGAACAUCACAGACCAGGAACAUCACAAACCAGGAACAUCAUAGACCAGGAACAUCACAGACCAGGAACAUCACAAACCAGGAACAUCACAGACCAGGAACAUCACAAACCAGGAACAUCACAGACCAGGAACACCACAGACCAUGAACAUCACAGACCAGGAACAUCGCAGCAUCACAGACCAGGAACAUCACGGACCAGGAGCAUCACAGACCAGGAACAUCGCAGCAUCACAGACCAGGAACAUCACGGACCAGGAGCAUCACAGACCAGGAACAUCGCAGCAUCACAGACCAGGAACAUCACAGUAUCACAAACCAGGAACAUCACAAACCAGGAACAUCACAGACUAGGAACAUCACAGACCAGGAACAUCACAGACCAGGAAUAUCACAAACCAGGAACAUCGCGGCAUCAAAGGCCAGGAACAUCACAGCAUCACAGACCAGGAACAUCACAGACCAGGAACAUCACAGACCAGGAACAUCACAAACCAGGAACAUCACAAACCAGGAACAUCACUGACCAGGAACAUCACAGACCAGGAACAUCACAGACCAGGAACAUCACAGACCAGGAACAUCACAGACCAGGAACAUCACAGACCAGGAACAUCACAGACCAGGAACAUCACAACAUCACAGACCAGGAAAAUCACAGCAUCACAGACCAGGAACAUCGCAGCAUCACAGACCAGGAACAUCGCAGCAUCACAGACCAGGAACAUCACAACAUCACAGACCAGGAAAAUCACAGCAUCACAGACCAGGAACAUCGCAGCAUCACAGACCAGGAACAUCGCAGCAUCACAGACCAGGAACAUCACAACAUCACAGACCAGGAAAAUCACAGCAUCACAGACCAGGAACAUCGCAGCAUCACAGACCAGGAACAUCGCAGCAUCACAGACCAGGAACAUCACAACAUCACAGACCAGGAAAAUCACAGCAUCACAGACCAGGAACAUCACAACAUCACAUUGGAAAGAUAUAUCCAAGAUUUUUAG